CCAUUACAGCCAUUUCAACAGAGUGUUUAGGUUCUAUAUUUGAGUGUUGAUCAAAAUUUGAUUCUCGUUGUUUAUGGAUUUUUAUAAUCUCGAGCUACUCCAAGUCCCGUCCUCUCGAUACCACUCUUAGUCGGCGGCUAGGUCACGUGGAAGCAUCUGGACGGAUCACAAACCGAUAUCCGUGCAAAACCGGCCGGCUCUCAACUCCAAGCCAGUUUCAAGUCCUCGCACAACGUCAACCUGCACUUCCGCCUUUCGAUGACAGCUGAAGAAGAUCAGGCCCUUGGCCGUGCCGAAUAUUGGGAUAGCCGUUAUUCCAAGUCCGACGGAGAGGCGCCGACGCACGAGUGGUUUCGCUCCUUCUCGGACCUGGAGCCUUUUUUCCGCAAUAAUCUUUUUGGCCUGCAGAGCUUCAAGGCAGAAGAUGGCCCGCUGAUUCUGCAUCUUGGGUCUGGAGACAGUGUUAUCCCCGCCGAACUAGCGUCUCGCGGCUACAGACGACAGCUAUGCAUCGAUUUCUCCCCUGUCGUUGUUGAACUUAUGACGGAACGCCACAGCAAGGUAGAAGGGAUAGAAUGGAAACACAUGGACGUACGAAAUAUGGAUAUUCCCGACAAGUCCAUCGAUGUUGCCUUCGACAAGGGAACACUGGAUGCCAUGAUACACGGUAGUCCCUGGAGCCCUCCCAGCGAAGUCAAGGAGAACACGAGUAAAUAUAUGAAAGAGGUCCACCGAGUCCUGCAGGAUCAUGGGAUGUUUCUAUACAUCACCUUCAGACAACCCCACUUCAUAAAGCCACUGUUAAACCCAGAUGAUUUGUGGGACAUGGACAUGCAGGUGCUCGGAGACGGGGGCUCCUUUGACUACUACGGAUUUGUGAUCAAGAAAAACCCCAACUCUUUGGAAGCUGUUGAUAAAGGAAUAUGAGUGGAAACAGAUGGGCGCAAAUCAGAUUGGAAUAGCGCCACGAUGACGACGAUUCUCCAAUUCCUCUUCAGGUUCCCAAAGCAGAAUCCAGCAGCUGAGCAGUUGAAACACCAGAGUAACUCUGUGCGCUUCUUGCGGCGCCAGCAGCCUGGCAAGACAUCACAGAUAGAGAACACGCGAUUGGGCUAUGAGACAAUUACCGGUUGGCGAUACUUGAGAAUUUCUCAUCGUGUGAUUCUGUCGUUUCAGACAAGUUGACGGGAGCUACCGCCAUUCUUUACCUAUCCACGGAAAGGCCCAGUCCAGUGUUAAUACAUGCGAUUACACUGUGAAUGCUUGUUUGGCUGGUAUUUGUCUCAUGCUAACUCUCAAGGUGCCUCUUACAGCUUGCUAUAUCUGGUGCUCUAGACCCCGACUGGCAUUGCCCAGUGUAAUUAUAGCGGUGUCCUAUCAUGGAGUGUGUUUACCGAUGAUGAUCUACAUCUAUGAGACAAUAUAUAGGUUAUCAUACAGCUUUCACGAGCAUGAAAAGAAUGUGAAGAAUAUGAACUAUUUAGG